AUGCUGCGAGACGGCAAAGGUUCUUUUGAUUCGGUGUGUGUAGUGUUCUACAGCAGAUGCUUGUCAGGUCAUCCUUCUGAUCCCCACAGGGAUGACUUCUGUCUUCCCAAGUUUUCUAUGAAUAGGAAGUUUUGGCCGUUGGCUAGUGGGAUUGACACUCCUGUGCUGGCUGUUGUAACUGGUCGUGGAUGUGUUAGCUGAUUUUUUAUGCUUGGAUUUUCUUCAUCUGUAUGUAGUUUAUGUCAAUUCUGGCAAGUGAUACUGUGUUAAUCUUGCCUUUACCUAAUAUAUAUCAAAUACGGUUUUAUUUUAUUCUGUCUCUAAAGAGUUGGCUGAUCCUGUAUAUUAAGUGCUAUUGCAGUUAACAUCGUUAUGGAAAUCUUAGACUUAAUCAACAUAGAAGAGGUGCCACAACUGCUAAUGAAGGAUAGUGGCAUACAGAUUUCAAAGUUGAUGGAAGGACAAAGAGAACCGUGUUAACUUCAGUCAAACUUCAUGUCAAUCUCCAAUCAUUGGGAAAUGAUAUUUGGGAGGGUGGAAUGGCAAUGGAAUUAACCACGAUCACCUGAUAUGAAAUAGGGUGCAUUUUUUAGCUUACGAUUAUUGUGAGAAACGGCGAAUCAUUCACAUCCAGAUGAAUCAAAGCUGAUAUGCACUGUAUAUGACGAGAAAAUAGUUUCGAGAAAGUGGUACAUCCGAACCCUCAGAAGUGUAUAAACUUGAGGGGAGGGUUUAGGUUCUGUUGCUCGCUGUUGUCUCGAUAGCCUUGAACCUCCGUUUGUAGAGUAUAUGUCCUUUGGUAGGAAUGUCAACCAGGAGGAUUGUUGGGGCUCCUCAAGCAGGAAGGUAAAUGUUCUUGAUUAUCAGAGGCUGCAAAGUCAGUAACUUCAUUCCAUUGUGCUUUUCAAGGGAACAGUGACUUGCAUCUCUGUUGACUUAAUAGAACCUGGAAGAAAGUGCAAAUUGGUAAUCUCCCAAGAGAAAGAAGUAGGUGUGCACUAUCUUUCUAAUCCUGAGAAGCGUAUUGAUCUCUGCAGUCCUUCAAGAAGCAACCCUAUUAUAAUAUUCUAAAUUUGCAUGGAACUUUUCACCUCAAUUCUGGGGCUAUGUGUUCCUUGUUACAUCAUUGCUUGUGAUAUAACCCAAAAUUAAUGUUUGCAGGUUUCCAAUUGUUGAACCUGACUCUGGGCACACAAAACUUCUUCUUUCUAGAGAUGGGUUAGAUGCAAUUGAGAGAAUUACGACCCCAAUAGCAGCGGUUGCUGUAAGUCCUUUUUUGGUGUUAUGUUUUCCUUUGAAAGAUUAAACAUAUCUUUCUUAGUUCGAUUCUUUGACCCAUUUCUUGGUUCAUUUGUGAUCAUUAGGUCAUUGUUCGAAACUUGGAUUUUUCUAAAAAAGGGAAAGGGUCUUUAUAGCUUUGUUCACUUCUCAAUCUGUACACGUUUCAAUCAUGAUUUGAACUUAAAUUUCGUUCACAAUGAAUUUUCUACCAUUUGUAGCUAUUGUUCUUACUUGUUGACCCAUUUGUGAGAGCUAAUAAAAAAACUACUUUUUUUCAUUUAACUUUGAAUUAUCUGAUACCAUUUCAACCCCCAUGGCAUAAUGACUUAUUUUUACUGCUAAAUGCAUCUAUUUGAUUUACUUGGCGUGUAAUCUAGUAUUUUUUCAGAUGUUCUUUUAGGAUUGUAGCUUUUUGAAAUUUAUUGAUGUCUAUCUAAUUCCUUCAUGUUGUGAGGAAGAUGGUUGUUUUGUUCCCUUGGAGUCUUGCACUUAAGGCUUUGUUUACACCAUCUUCAAGUAGACUACUGCUCUUUUUUUUUUGGAGUUCUUGAUAUUUCGUCAGACACGUUGUUAUCAAAAACUGUCUUGGUGAUAAGAGUGCCUGACUUGGGUGAGUAGUUGUCCAUGACUGGGUGCUUGUAUUAGUGAACAUGUGGAUGAUUAUUUGCAAAUGGGAGCUGCCAUUUGCAAAAGGCUGCAUGCUCAGUUCCUUUAAAACUAUUUAGUAAUAUAAGUAAAUAAUACUAGUAAUCAAUUAAUAGUUAGAUGAUAAUUAAGAGAAUUUCUAAAAUAUAUGUAAAAAUUGUCCUUAAAACUUAUACUUUAAUUUUUCAAAAUAUUAAAUUUAUUUUAUUAUUUAAAACUGCUUUCAAACAUUCAAAGAACAUGUUGCCUAAGUGGCUUGGAUUGCUUGUCACCAGAAGGUGGUGGAACUACCAUCUUGGUCACAUUAAAAACUUUAGUUGUACAUAGCUCCGUAAUCCCUUCAUUUAUUUUGGAUGCGAGGAAUGCAUGCCACUACAUUUCAGAGAAAAUACAGAAGAUUUAGGUAUGGUCGGUGUAUGAAUUAUUCAAAAAUAUUUUAUCAGUGAAUUCUUACUUUUUAUAUUUAUGAAAUGCAUAAUAUUUUUGACCAAGAUAGAUCAGUCUGUCAGGAUUUCCUUGUAUAUUUUAUGUUGCACAGAUGAAUCCCUUUAUAGUUGGUAGGAUAUCCAUCUUAUAAAACUGAAUUUGGACGAUACUUGAUCUUCUUUAUCCCUGGAACUUAUGAAGUUUACGCUUGAGAAAGACUUUAAAUCUUUGGGAUGCUUGGUAGAUGUGCAAUUUUUUCUCUCUGGCUUUAACAGGGGAAUUGAGUGGGUAAAAAAGUUUGAAAGAUUCAUAGGCAGUAACCAUGGUAGCAUGUGUUUUUGUUGACCCUAGUGGAUAGUUUUUUUUCUAGGGUUGACGAUUUCUGGUUUUCUUUGGCUGCAAUCGAAAUGUAUUUUUUCGAUCAUAUUUAUCCAUAUGAAAAGCUUUGUUGCUGAUUAAUAGGGUCAGUGAAUACAGAAAAUAUUAGAUGAGAACCCAGUGGUUAGGAGAUGCGUGUUCUCUUAUGGAGUACAUCAAGGCAGUGGAACUUCUUUGCUUUUGUCCUCUGUACUGCUCAAUUGAGUGCCUUGAUCAUCCUUUAGUUGUAUUUUGGGUUUCAGUGAGAUGCUAUUAUGAGCUACAAUGGCUAUUACUUAACUACACGUGAGAAACCCUGCGAUUUACUCCAUUAACCUAAAUCCGUAGUAUUUGAUAGUUUCUGUUAUUCAUCCAUGGAUGCUAUGUUUUUUAUUCCACUGCAUUCUAGUAUUUCAUAAAUUCCUAUAUUUUAUUGAUCUCAUGUCGUCUCAGGUCAUUGGUCCGUACCGUUCAGGCAAAUCUUUUCUCCUCAACCAGCUCCUCUCUCUUUCUUGUGAUGAAGGUGUGGGUUUUAUUGCAGUAGGAGAUCUCCUUGAUUCUUAUGCAUACUUGAAUCUACUCUUCUGAUAUACUCUCUGUUUUUUCAGGUUUUGGGGUGGGGCAUAUGCGGGAUACAAAGACAAAAGGUUUAAUGAAUAUUUUAGAGUGCUGACUUUGGAGUUGACUUCCCUUGCUCGUUAUUUUCCUGUAGGCCCAAUGAGUGUACUUUGUAUCGUUUUCCUCAAUUUUCUUUUCAAAAUUUUCAGGUAUAUGGGUCUGGGGUGAUCCUUUGGAAUUGGUUAUUGAUGGAGUAAAAACAUCUGUUAUUUAUCUUGACACUGAAGGUUUUGAAAGUAUUGGCAAAUCCAAUGUCUAUGAUGAUAGGUCACUUAUGGACCCGUCUUUAUUGAUUUCUCUUGAUGUUUUUAGUCUUGUUUGUGUGAUUACUUCAAGCCCUGAACAAUAUCUACGAUGCCUUCUACAUUUCACAGGAUUUUUGCUUUGGCAACUGUUCUUAGUUCUGUGCUCAUCUACAACCUUCCUGAGACGGUUUGUGUCUUAUCUGGAAUGUUAUGGUUGAAUGAUAAUUAAUGCUUUUUUAAUUAAUUUUUUUAAAGAGUGUUUCUUGUUAGAAAACCAUCGCUUCUGAUAUAUAACAUUUUUGUGCAGGUACGUGAAGCAGACAUUUCUCGGUUGUCAUUUGCGGUUGAACUUGCAGAGGAGUUCUAUGGGAGGUCUGCUUAAUUCAUACUCAGUACUUUUCAUUUUUCAUUGAAAUACUAUUGAAAAUCUCAAAAUUGCUCACAACAACUUUGUAGCCCCUAUCUAACCUAUUUGUUCUACUUUUUCUUCGUUGUCCCCUGAUAAAUAGAGUGAAGGUAACCAUCAUAUCGUAUUCUUUUCUUAAAUCUGCUAGCAUGUGGUUGUCCAUUGGAAAUAACUUUCUUCUUCUUCUUCAGGGACAAGAUGUUGCAUUUGAGCCUGCUAAACUUUUGUGGCUUAUCCAACGUGAUUUCCUUCGUAAGUUCUUCCCUAGGAGCUUGUCUAAGAGCAUUAUAAUCCAUUAUGUUGUGAAUAGAGAAGCCUUCAUUUCAUUUUUUCUGUUCUCUAAUAUUAUCCUGGGAAGGUUCUGAAAGGCUGAUCCUGGUUAUAUUUGAUUCAAGGUCAGGUGGCUGGUUUUUAGGGUUUAUCUUCCAAUUUUAUUUUUUGUGAUUGCCAAAGGAUCGGAACGGGGGCGCGGAUAUGUGCACCUUUGUUCACAUCUAAAUCAAUCAAGUCUUGAAUCCUGUGUAGGAACUAAGAAAAUAUUCUUGGAAUGGUGUCUUGACACUCUCCUCCUGAUGGUUCUUGUUACGACGAACAUAGUGAUAAAAUCUAAAAUGCAUUCCGUGUUUGGGGCACCAAACCUGUGUUUAUAUCCAGACUUUGUAAAAAUCUGGCCACCGAAUUUUGAUCAAGUUGGCCAAUCAUAUGGGAUCACUUGUUUCUGAAGGGAUCAGCUAUUUUUUUUGGUUGAUCUGACCUGAUUUCGUUUGGAUGAAGCGAUUUUUGGCAUGAGUACUGUUAUUGGGGAAAGAAUAUAGAAGAGCGAUACUUUUAGCUUUCCAGUUGAUGGUGGAGAAAGGAAAAGAGGGAAGAAGAACCAUACUAGCACAAAGCCUAAAAGUUGGCUUGCACAUGAAAGAGUAUGCUGAUAAUAGCCCUGAAUUUAUUACUACAUCGGGAAAUCUGAGACUAUAAAACAUGGCCUAUUCCACUCAUUGGCAAUUUGUUUUAAGUUGGAUGACCCAACAAUUUAACAAGCAAUUUGGAUGAUCAGCUUGAAAAGUCUUUUAAGGAGAACUGUAAAUAAAGAAAAGAGGGAAAAUUAAAGAGGAUAUUAUAGGAAACAUAUUUAAAGUGAAGGAGAGAGUUUCCUCUUUCAUUGAUAGGUGAGUAGGUGAUAUCUUAUUGUGUAAUAGAAACAUGAACCCGAGACUGUGGAAGCAUGAAGAGACAGAAAGGUUUCAAAAUCAGGAUUGAGUGAGGUUCUUUGGUGUGACUUGAUGUCAACCUAUAAUCGUAGGAUUAACACACAUUAAAAAAAACCCAAUAAUUUGAAAAAUGAAAACUGAAGAGAUGGGGAAAGUAAGAAUAAAGAAGAAAAUGAGGUACAGGAAGAGAUAAUUAAAGGAGGUAUGUAAGAUUGCAGAAAUAAAGAACAAAUUGAUGCUUCAGAUCCAUGCUGCAUUUGACUAGGUGCCAAAUCAGCCAUAGAGGUAAAUUUAACAUUUUGUAAUCAGGACCCCUUGCAACACAAUCUGAUUGGGCCUUUAUUGAUUACUCUGUUAACUAACUCUUUACUCCACAGUAGCAUGUCUGACUGAGAAAUUUUCCCAUUCGUAUCAUAAAUUCCUCAACAAAAUGUCUAUCGUGUACUUAAAGAGGGAAUUUUCGACUUCAAAUGUUGUAGAGUUAAAUCUUAUUACCCAUUCUAGGGCUUGUCCAACUACAUAGACUACGGCAUAGAUUUAGGUGAUUACAAAGUAAUCAGUAUCCAUCUCAGUGGUCGGGUUUUUUUUAUCCUUGUCUUUUGUUUGUGUCUGGAUUUCAUCACAUCCAUUUUUUCUUUUCUAUUUUCCUUUAUUUUUAGUGAAUUCUGUUUCAUUGAUAUUAAAUUGUUUAUAUUUCUGCUGAUGAUUGACAGAGGGCAAGUCAGUUCAAGAGAUGGUUACUGAUGCUCUCCAAGAGGUUCCCAACCCGAAUGGUCUGUUCCUUUUUAAUCCGCACAUUUGUGUAUAACAAUGUUAUCAAAAGCACAUCAAGCUAUCUUUAGUACUGAAUUGGUUCACUGAUUUCACUGCAGAUGAUAAAAAUAUUGACCAGGUAUUCUCUUUGUUUCCCAUAAUUAAGCUUUUCCUGUUGUAUGUUGUUCUGAAAUCUUUUGGCAUUUCUUUGAUUCAAACAGGUCAACCAGAUACGGAAGUCUUUGGCAGCUAUGGGUGAUAAUAGUACGGCCUUUAGCUUACCACAGGUGCACGUUCUAAACUUUGUUUGUCGUUUUCAGUUUUCUGUCUUCAUAUUUAAACAGAAUAAUGAGUCCUGUUUGUGGGUGUAGGCCUCCAUCAUCCAGUGCAAUACGAAGCAACUUAAAUUUCUUUGUUCCAUUUCAUUUGCUUUUGUUUUUUAAACGUAGGAAGAUACUUCAGUUUCGUUUAUAAUGUCAUGGAAAGCCUAUACAAGAUGGACUAUGACCAAUUUGCAAGGUUUGCUAGGUUUGUCUCCUGGAGCUCUUUUAAAAGUGAGCAAAUAGCUUUGGGCCAGGAGAAUCUAAAGCUAUCCUCUUUGCAUUUGUCAAUGUCUAUUCCAACAUUUUGCUGUGCGAGACAGCUCUGAAACAUUUUAUCAUAGAAAUUGUAUUAAAUAAUGAUCUGUAGAUGUUUGCAUUUGAAUUUAGUAUACCAGCUAAUUGUAGCUUUGUUUUUCUCAGGUGCAUAUUACAUCUGAAGUGUCAAAUUUAUCCUUUCAUUUCUGCCUGGUUUCUGGAAAUUUCCAUGCACCCAUCGGCCAGAUUAAAUAAUUAAUAUAUUGUGAGAAAGCUACCCUAAUGUGGAAUCCUACAGGGCGGACAUUGACCAGAGAUGAGAAGGUUUUAGCACUUUUUUACGAUUAUCACGUAGGUUCUCUUCCACAGGGACGGCUCUUACUCGGUGAUUUCAUCCUAGUCAUUCAUAAUAUAGAAAAACUAUCUUUUUUAAUAUUACGUUUGUUACGAGACAUUUUGAGUCAAUGGAGAUUAGAUUCUUCAAUGCUUUUCUUGACUUACUCCAUAUCCAAAGUUUCACACAUUGAACACCCAUACUCUAUCAAUGCUUCGAUGAGAUUAGAUUCUUGAUAUAACACCCAUAGUUUCACACAUUCAGUUGGAUUUAGAUCUCCAUAUAUUGCUAGGUUUAGGCUUGAGCCUGCCUUCAUAUCAUCUCCAUGAUUUAACUUUCGGAAUGUGAUGGUUAUGUAAGGUUCUCGGAUUUACUCGAAUCAAACAAUAGGAUCAUUCUGUGUACUGAAUCAUGAGGCUGAAGCCUGAUUCAGAGAUCUCUACGAGUUAUAUGUUCAGGAUGUGAUUAAUAUGUAAUCUUGUGUGUACCAGAAACAAACAACACGAUCAUGCUAUCUCUAUCAGAACGCCAUAAUUUUCCCAUGUUACAUAUUCAAAUGGUGCGUGAGGUAGUUCUUUAAUAUCCAGUUGCCCUUUUUCUCCUCUCUGAUAUUGACUUUCGCAUUCUACAUUCCACUGUUCCUGAGAUUCCAUCUUCGUUUUUAUCACUGUUAAGCAAUGCAACGCACGGUUUCCAGUUGAUGUCUGCUUUUGACAGUAUGGUUGUGGAUACCAUUUCUGUGAAUGGGGGCGCUCUUUUUUCAUUUCAUAAUCUCUGCUGUCAAGAUGUUGUUUUCUCAGGGCCUACUCUUCGCAUAGACAAUUUUCUUGUAAGGACAAUAUCACGACGGUGACAUUUAUUUUAACAUUUCAUUAUCUGGGGCUCUAUUGUUCAAGUUAAAUGAGAAACUAUCAUUUUAUUCCUUUAAUCGUGAAAAUAUAUGCUAUCUAUGUUGACAACUUUAUUAUUAUUUCAUAUUAUGCCCUUCAUUUGAUGCUGACUCUGUGGUUGAACCUGAUUAGCCUCAUCUCCAAAGAACGAAGCUUUGUGACAUGAAGGAUGGCGACCUUGACCCAAGUUAUGUAAGAAAGAAGGAGCAACUAAAAGGACUUGUCACAUCCAUUAUUCGCCCAAAAGUUGUGCAGAGAAAGAUGCUGAAUGGAAAGGAAUUCGUGUCUUUUCUUGAGCAGGUAUGUUUCAUGACUUUUCGUUCUCCAAUACAGUAGUAGUGGGGCUAUUUUUUUCAGGCUUUUAGUGAACCUUGCAUUACUUAUUUUUAAUAUGGGUGAUGUUUUUCUCCUUUACCAUUGUAGUACAUCAGCACAUAGUUCACUAAAACUUAAAUAGCAAUAAUAGCUAUACAAACUCUUGCUGCAAGAUGUAAUCCAGAUAUGAAGAGUUACCUCCCUGUCAGAUAUGUACAUAUAAUUUUUUUUUCGCGGGAAAUGUGAGAAGAAAAACAAACUUUCCUGGAAAAACAAAUCACCCGUGCAGCCAAGUAUCCUCUUGAUCUAUUCAUCAUAAACACAGUUAUCUAUUCCUGAUAGCGCAUAAUAGCUUCCUUCGUCCCUCUUGUUUCCAUAACAGCAUCUUUCCUUCUUGAGGCGUUAAUCAUGUAGCCCUGUUAUAACGUGUAUCCUACCUUCUAUCUUUUCUUUUGCAUCGAGAACCUGAUUCAAUGAUGUCAAUGGAUAACCUUCUGAACAUAGUAUGUAAGUCAGGCUCCCUACAGAAAAGUUUCAUAUGUGUCUGAGAGUGGAAGAAAAAAAUGCUCCAUCAUGUGAAUCGAGCCAUCUAUUUUUCGUUUUGAAUGUUCACGAUUCUCGUCAAUUUUUUGCUUCAUUCGUCGUUGAUAUUUAAAAAGACAGGCAUAUUAUGGUGGACUAGAUCCUUGGUGAGGCAAGCCUAUAUAUGACUCCUGGUCUAUGACCUUUUGGUGCCUAAUUUGAUGGUUCUAUUCAGAAAAAAUCUCAAAUAUCAGAUUAAUAACUCUUAAUUUUCAAAUAGAAAUUAGUUAAAUACUAACUUAUUUAGAUUUUCGGAUAUUAAUCUGUAUCUGUAUUGAUAAAAAAUUCACAAGAUGUAUUAAUUUGAAAAGUUUGUUGCAACUUAUAUGAUAUUUUUUUUCUAAUUGCAUUAUUAUGGAUCUCUAAAGUUAUUUAGAGGUAUCUUGAUGUUGAUUUCUCUUUUGUUUUUAACACUAGAAGGAUAUGCUUCUUAUAAAUGGAUCCUUUCAAAACACAGGUUAUUUUCUCCAUGUGGAAGAGUCAAUAUGUUACUUUGGAGACCUUUCAAUGUAAUAAUCAAUGGCUCAAUUUUGGGUUUACAGAUUGAGAUAUGUGAUCUUAUUCAGUGAACAAAAAUCGAAGUGGAUCAAAGAGUAAAUAGUCUGAAACAUGAGUUGGAGUUGGAUGUACGUUUUUUAUUUUCUGAAAUAAAAUGUUUCAUACAAAUGCCUUAUUUACACAAUUAUAAUUAAAACAGGAUACGAACGUAACAAGAUUUCACGAUGAACUAUGCCAAAUUGAGUUUCUCACUCUCUACGCCAUUUCAUCCCCCUAAAGGGCAGAGGGCGAAGAUGUUAGUGAAUGGUGCCAAGUGAUAAAAGAUGAGAUAUAGAUGCGUUGUGCAUGUUAGUAACGUUAUGUUUACGGCCCAAUGCUUCAUUUAUCCCUUUUUAUUUUCUUCUUUUGUUUCAAUUUAUUGUCAUUGCCGGUUGACAUAUGCUUGGUUGAAUUAGAAUAUUGUUAUGAUUUUUCGUUGACCAUUCUAAACCUUUUGUUUCAGUAGUAAUAACACGAUACUGGUACAAUUUCUUGCUACUGGAGAAUUGUGAUCCUUGUGUAGCUUUCUAAACCUUUUUGAGUUUAAGACUAUUUGAUUGACAUGUAAAUGAGUAUCUGGAUUUUAUUGUACGUAAAAUUUGUAGAAUGAGGUUUUACGGCUUCUGGAAUGCUUUGCCCAUUUGAUAAGUCAAGAGAGUGUUCAUUUUAUCCUACAAUUACUUAAUUCUAUUGCUUUCAAUUUUUUUCAGAUCCUUGAUGCCUUGAACAAAGGAGAAAUUCCAUCGACAGGUUCUCUGGUAGAGGUGUUCAAUAAAGGGGUUAUUGACCAUUGUUUGAAACUUUAUAACCAACAGAUGGAAAGGCUGAAGCUACCUCUUGAAGUGGUACAACUGGAAGAGGCUCAUAAUGAGGCACAACGCGAAACACUGACAGCUUUUGACAAGCAGCAUUUUGGUCGUAAUCAUGCCAAGCAGUCUGCCUCUAAGCUUGAGGAGGACAUGCAGAAGGUACGAUUGAGAGGCUCUUUGUUGAACUUUAUGGUUGACGUGAGAAAGCGUAAACUAUGAUGCAUCUAUUUAAUGAUUAUUGUUUCACAAUCAUUCACAAACACCUGAUCGGUUUAUUUCUUGUACUGUCAGUUACAACUGAAGAAAUUUUGUUCUCAAAAUGUUUUUACAAUAUAUGAUGUGAUUUAAGUGAAACAUGACCCGAUUUGUAUAGAACUCUUUUGAAAUAUGAAUUUCAAUAUCCUAGAGAUUGCAUUAGCACUGUUUGCAUCAAGUUUACUGAGAAAGGUAUCUGCCUCUUUAAAGCUUUUUCUGCGAAUUGAAUGCCUCCUCAGUAUUGCAUGAAUGUUUAUAUUAGCGUACAAAUCUACUAUCUGGUUGAGACAUCAUGAUUUACAAACUGGAUUGAAGUCAAAAGGGUAGCUUCAAGGCUGAUGGUUGGUUUUAUUCACGGUUAGACAAUUCAGUAACAUUUUAUCCUUCUCAAAAUCUUACCUUUCGAAAUACCCCUUUUGAUUGCUGCGUGAUUGGUCUUUGUGGUGUGCCAGAGUGGUCUAGUUUUUUUUAUGGACUUGAUUUCGAGUCAUACUUUGAGCGACUCAGAGUGGAAGGGAAAGGGGGAUCUUGGGGGUAGGGGCUCCGUUCUUGAUAAGUCACCCCGAACAAGGGAAGUCUUAGAGAUUUUACCAAGGGUAGUCGCUCCACCCGUGGUAAGAGCGACUUUAUCCAUGUCAGCAGGAAAUGGAACACCACCCUGGCGUGUGAUGCAUGCAUGCUGAUGACGUGGCGAACAGGGUCAAAAUGUGUUAUAUUCUGUUAUAACAUAUUGCCGGAUGCAUUUUCUUAUCAAAAUUUUCAUGUGUUAAAAAAAAAGAACAUUGGGGUAAUUUCAAUAUGGACGUUAGUGUGUAGGUUCUGAAACUUUAUACUCGGUUACUGAUAAUCUUUCACAUGAGAGAUCUAAUUUCACAUGAAGCCCGCAGCUUCCAACAUGGAGGUUCUAUAUUCUUUCAACAUCUUUUAGUGCAAAUGAUAAUAUUUAUUCCUGUAGAAAUGGAAAAAAAUAUUUAAGAAAACAAAAUUGACGAACAGAGUUUUACGUCUUUAAUGAAGCUCCAUUAAGGUCUCUGUUAAUCAAUUGAGUUAUUUCUUUUCUACCAGAAGAGAAAGAUGAGUUUUUUUCGAAGGAAAUAGAAGCCAAUUUUUGGUACCCUUUUAUCUUUGGUAAUUAAUCUAAAUAUUUUCAUGAUUAUUCUUACCAACUGGUCAAAACGGCCUUCCAUUAACUUUAAGUUUGCCGGCCUAGCUUAACAUAAACUUCUGGCAUUUCACGAGUUUCUCCUUUAACUUUUCCUCGCAGGUUUACAAUAAUUUCAUAUUGGCCAAUGAAUAUAGGUCGUCAAAACUUUGUGAGAACUUAUACACAGGGUGUGAGGAUAAAAUGGAUCAGCUUCAAGUCCUAAGACUCCCUACCCUGGCGAAAUUCAACGCUGGUCUUCUGCAGUGCAAUCAAAGCUUUGAAGCGGGAUGUGUUGGGCCUUCUAAAACUAUCUAUGAACAGAAAAUGUCGAAGGUUAGCAUUAUCUCACCAUGGUCUUGCUGCUUCAACUGUUUUACAAGGCUUUCGCCGUCAUACUAGAUGGUGGAUGUUGUUCAUUUAUACACAAUUUCCAUUUCGUAUAGUUAAUUUAUUUGAGUCAUUACAGGGGGAGCAUAGCUAAAUAUGGUAUUUCGGAGUUCUGAUUAUGCCGUUUUGAUUAUAGUUUGAUCUAGUCAGCUGAGUUGUUUGUUGAAAUUAUGAACCUUUGGUGAUCUUUGCCAGUCAAGUUUGAGCUUCCAAUGCCAAUUUAGCAUGCUUCAGUGUACUCAUGUCAUCAUAUUGCGUUAUAUAAUCUCAAUUUCAGACUUAUUUUAAUUUCAAUUUGGCUAGUUGACUCCAAGACGAACCAAAAUACCCUCUGGCCCGUCAUCAGUUGACACGAUGAGUUUGACUGAUCUGAAAUUCAGUCCCUUUGAAAUUCAUCCUGCAGCUGGUUUAUAUGGAUUUCGGAGAUUCAGAACUCAUAGAAGACUAUGUUGGCAAUGAAAUAGAAGAUUACUGAGAUUUUUCGUCACAAAAAUAGUUGCAUGCGAAGAUCCGAUGAAAUAAGUUGGAAGGCUGCACAAUCAAUUUUUCUUGGAUUGUAACUUCGUUUUGUAGAUUUCUUCAUAAACAGGAUCAAGCAGAGUAAAUGUAUUAAAAUAUUAUUUGGGGGCCUCAAAGGCUUCUUGGAUAACUCGUGGUUCUAAUCAGAUUGUUUUCUCUUAAGGUUGGUCUAUCCAUGUUAAUUUAUCUGGUAGUAUAUGAGUCAACCCCGCAUCUGAGAUGAACCUUGUCAGAAUUCGCGGGGGAGUUGAGACAAGCAGACCCCCUUCAUGUUUUGACCAUCUGGAUUGAUUGGCUCUAAGCAGGUGGUGGACCAUGGGUGUGUCAACUGGGCUUCCUAAAUCCUUUAUAAUGUGGGGGCAUUCUACAUUGCCUUCAAUAUUCUGGUGACUCCAUUUUAUUUGCGGGUGAUGAUAGAGGUUAAACCCUAAACUUGGGGAAGCUGUUCAUCAUGCCGGAAGUAAUGACUAGGUUUACCCUAAACUUGUGUUUCUGACCAUAGCUAUUGCUUUCGGACUGUCAAUUUCCCACACUUUCCUCAUCAGACAUUUAGGUUAGAUAAAUUAACCCUAGUUUGGAAGAAUAGAAAGACAUUAACCCUAGGUUAGAAUCUACCACUGCUGUGGUAGAUUCUAUCUGAAUUAACCCUUUCUUAUUUGGGUUACUCAAGAGGUUUUCAAAAUACUGCAGCCAUUGGGAGAACGAUUUUAGUGAUCAGGAACUCCAUUAGAAAGAGGGGAAAUAAAUAGAAAAGCAGAAGAGAACUGCACUUGUUGUGGGAUAUGGUGUGUGAAGGUCGAAGAAAAAUGAGGGAAGUGGAGGAUUGUUGGAGAUUAGGGCAUGAAAGAAAGCGCUACUAUCAAAAUGGUUUGGAAAUGGGUGCAUGACAGCAAUGCAGUAUGCGUAUAGAUUGUUAGAAUGAGAUGCGAUAUGGAUGUUGACAAUGGAAGCAUUAAACCUGCCAGUUCCUCACCAAUCUCACCAGCUUGAACGCAGAUCUCUGAGAAUGACAUUUUUCAUAGCUUAGUUGAACUUUUAGCAAAUAAUGGCUCUGCGAGGAUGAUUUGGUAGCCAAAUAAACAAUUAGCUGGUACUCUUCUAAGUCCUUUUGCCUUCAUAUUGGGCAAAGUAAAAGUGAUAGAUUAAAUCAUAUUGUGAUAUGAUUAGGAAUUAUGUGAAGAAGUCUCCACAGGCAGAUUAUCAGACUGUUUGUGCUUUACUAAAAUUCAGAUUAUUAGGAGACUCUUUCCCAACCUGCAGGAUGGACAGUUGAUUAUUUGCUGAUGGGUUUUGAAGGGCGUCAGUUUGGCUGAGGAUCGAGGUAUCCUAGGGCUUGCUAAAAUCGCUGGGUAUAAUUGAAUUCAUCCUCGCUGCUAUAUUUGGUGAUAUUACUCCCUCUUAGUUAUUUCCAAGCAAAGAAAAACUUGUGUACCUGACCAUUCUGACAAGGAUCGAAUUUAAUAGCGGAUGAGACAGUCAACGAGGUGAAGAUGAUUUCACAACCAUGCAUCAUGUUAUAAAAAAGCAGUCUUAUGCAGAUGUCUUAUGUUUUCUUUAUUUUUAGUGAAGAAAAAAGUGUUAGAAACACAUAUAAUUGCAGUGUGUAGAUCCACAACAAACAUUAUAUAAAGUUUUUCUUUUUUUACAUAUUUUCUAUUUUUUUAAUUUCUGGGCAAAGUCAAGAGUGUUAAUAAAAUGCUGACUGUGGCUCCUUAGUAUAUAUAUAUAUAUAUAGAUACAUUGCAUGCUGUGUCUAAUAUCAUACUGGGGGAUCUCUAAAUUAAAUCUCCCUCUGCAGAUGCUUGGGAAGUCCCGCUCUCUUUUCAUCAAGGAAUAUAAUCAGAGGCUCUUCAAUUGGUUGGUGACUUUCUCUCUCGUCAUGGUUGUUCUGGGCCGCUUCGUUGUCAAGUUCAUUUUGCUGGAGGUGGCUGCAUGGAUUCUGUUCAUAUUCUUGGAGACGUACACGAGGAUGUUCUGGUCUUCAGAGUCCCUUUACUACAAUCCUGGUUGGCAUUUCAUUGUGACUACCUGGGAGACUAUAGUUUAUAACCCUAUACUUGAUCUAGACAGGUAAUGCAAAUGCUGAACUUCUCUCCUCUUUUUUUUCUUUUUUUUAUUUUUUAUAAUCCUGUUUUGUACCCGAGUUUAGCAUUUUUAUUUUUUUAUUCAUUGUAUAAUUAUACUGUAAGAACCAUGCUGAUAGUAGAAAGAAUUUGAGACAUACAUUCAAUAAACCAAUCAAGAGAUGUUUGAUUUUUCUCACCUUCUUUAUUCAUUCAUAAGAAAUCAGCAAUCUCAAAUGAUAACCAUUUAAACCUGGAAAAUAUAAUAAAUAGAGACAUAACGGGGCCAUUUAAACCUGGAAUAUCUGUUUUCAAGCAAUCAAUCAAUCAUGAGGAAUGCAUAAUUUUUUCACUUUUUUAUGAUCCUGUUCUACAGGUGGGUGAUUCCCAUAGGAGUAGGUCUUGUCGUUUUGCUUCUCUACUGGCGUUGUUAUGGGAGGAAGCAGCACGGCUCAAACUCCUUGUUACCUAUGUACAAUAGCCGGCACAGUGGCCCCAAUCGCCCCAGAUCAGAGUGA